GUGGCGUUGCGGUGGUAACCGCAGUAAACGGAGACCUUGGGCUGAUGUGACCAGGGACGCUCCGCGAAGAUCAGUGCCUUCGAGAAAAUGAGGGAACCAGAUGAUCAGGAUUCUGGUGGGAGGAAAUCAGAUAGAUUGAAGGGUGAUGGAAGGCAGACUCAUUCCUCUCAAUCUACCUCAAGAGCUGCUAUGAAAGAGGAUAACAAAUCUGUUGAAGAUACCACUGGGGGAACAUUUACUGAAGGGGAAGAGUCAUAUUUAGAUGAUGAUGAAUCCUGUGUGGAACCUGUGGAAGGAAGUUCAAGUUCAUUUCAAGAUGAUUAUGCAGAAAGUAUUGGAGAAUCUCGGUAUAUGGAAACUCCUGUCCCAGCAGCAGAAGAGGCAGAAGAGAAAGUUAAGAAGAUAUCAGAGAGCUUCUUCUACGAUGAGAUGGAGCUUGUUUCGAUGCCUUUUGUGACUCCAGAUUCAAACAUACCACUGGAUCUUCUCACACUUGUACAUUCCUUUGGUUAUGACUGUAGAAAGCGGGCCAACCUACAACUUCUGGACAGCAAUACCAUGAUGUACAUAGCUGGGAACCAGCUGAUCCUUCUGGAUUUGAAAACCAAGGAACAGAUGUACCUGCGAAGUAGCAGUGGCAGAGGCAUUGGUGUCAUUGGGGUUCACCCCUAUAAAACUUACUUCACAGUAGCAGAAAAAGGAAUUUUCCCAAAGAUUAUCAUUUAUGAAUAUCCUUCUUUGAGGCCCUACAGAAUCCUUCAAGAUGGGACUGAGUUGGCCUAUGCUUACGUGGACUUUAACUACAAUGGUACCUUGCUGGCCUCUGUUGGUAGCAGCCCUGAUCACACACUGACCAUCUGGAACUGGAAAGAAGAGCAGCCCCUCCUGAGGACAAAAGCUUUUUCCCAGGAAGUCUUUAAGGUUACUUUCAAUCCUGAAGAUGAUGAGCAGCUUACUACAUCAGGAUCAGGCCACAUCAAGUUCUGGGAAAUGGCUCUAACAUUCACUGGUCUCAAGCUUCAAGGUUCUUUGGGUCGGUUUGGCAAAACAGCUACUACUGAUAUAGAAGGUUACAUGGAGCUCCCAGAUGGGAAGGUGCUCUCAGGGUCAGAAUGGGGCAACAUGCUGCUUUGGGAAGGUGGCCACAUCAAAGUUGAGCUGUGUCGAGCUGCAGCCAAGCCCUGUCAUCAGGGUCCCAUUAACCAGAUCAUGCUGGACGAAGGGGAGGUCAUCACUGUCGGGUCAGAUGGAUGCGUUAGGAUAUGGGAUUUUGAGACAAUAGACACUGCUGAUACUGCAGACGAGGCUGGGUUGUUAGAGAUCGAGCCCAUUAAUGAACUUCAAGUCGACAAGAAUGUCAAACUCUUCUCUAUGAUAAAAAUGAAUGAAGUUGGAGCCAACUUUUGGUUGGCUCAGGAUGCCAAUGGAGCCAUUUGGAAGCUUGACCUUAGUUUUUCAAAUAUUACCCAAGACCCUGAAUGCCUCUUCUCCUUCCAUUCUGGAGCCAUUGAAGCCUUGGCCGUCUCUCCUCUCACUUACCUCAUGGCCACUACUGGCUUGGACUGUUCUGUUAGACUCUAUGAUUUUGCUAGCAAAUCUCCUUUGGUUCAGAUGAAAUUCAAACAAGGAGGUACUGCCCUUGCUUGGGUACCACGACUGGUGAACUUCAAGGGAGCACAAUUUAUCGUAGGAUUCGAAGAUGGCAUUGUUCGAAUUCUUGACCUUUUUGAUCCAAAAGGGCUCACAGUUUUUGUGGGACGGAAGAGAAUUUUGGAUGCAGACAUUCGCUUAAAACAGGUUUUCAAACCUCAUACUGCUGCUGUCACUGCUUUAGCUUAUGAUCGUGAUGGAGAAGUUCUGGCCACAGGGAGUAAAGAUAAAACUGUCUUCUUCUUCGAAGUGGAAAGGGAUUAUAAACCAAUUGGUUAUAUCACUACUCCUGGGCCUGUUUGCCAGUUAAUGUGGUCUGGAGUCUCUCAUCCAGAAAAUACUUUACUGAUUAUCUGCGAGAAUGGCUAUGUUCUUGAAGCUCCACUUCCAACUCAAAAGGAGGAAGAAGAGGAUCAUGAUGUGGUUUCCUAUGAAAUCAAAGACAUGUGCAUAAAAUGUUUCCAUUUCUCAAGUGUCAAAUCUAAGAUUCUGAGAUUAAUAGAAAUUGAAAAGAGAAAGAAACGAAAGGAGUUGAAGGAAAAAGAAAAGGAAGAAAGGAGGAAGCUGGCCAAAGAGAUGGGAGAAGAUGGAGAAAAGGAAUUCCAGAAGCAAGAAGAGGAGGAGGAAGAGGAAGAGGAACCAUUACCUGAAAUCUUUAUUCCUUUAACACCCUGUCACAUCCUCUGUGGAUUUUACUCUGAGCCAGGGAAGUUCUGGGUUUCUUUGGGUGGCUAUGAUUCUGGUUUUCUAUAUCACUGUGAGUUCCCUCCGUAUGACAAAAACAGUGAUAUCACAGAAAAGAAAGAUGAGCCUUUUGAUUUCCGUCUUCUGGAAGAUACAGAGGAUAAUCCCAUUACAACUAUCACUUUCAGCAUUAACAAAAAUAUGAUGUUUUGUGGAAUGCAAAAUGGAGCAAUUCGAGUCUAUGUUCUAAAUCAGAAUGAUCCUUCAUUGGCCAGUAUGGAGGACUACUGGCACUUCAACAUGCAUGACAAUAAUUAUGGCUGUAUUAAAGCAAUCUCCACUAGCUUUGAUGACCGUUUCUUGGUGUCUGCUGGAGCAGAUAGUAAUAUCUUUGUUUUCAGCAUUUUUUCUGAAUUUGAGUUAAAGAAAGACAUGAAAGCCAAAGUGCCAUCUCCCAGGUUUGGAAUAGAAACGGAGCCAGUUCCAGAAGAUAUUGAAGAUCCUAAAGCUUACAGUAUUGAGAAUGCCAGAAGAAAAAGAGAACAUGACAAGUUAGUGAAGGAAGUGGAAGAAAUCAAGGCUGGGAAGAGAGAACGAAUCAAAGCUUUGAGAAAUGAAUUACAGAAACUAUUACAGAUGAAUGAAGCAUUACCAAAACAUAUGCAGUUUAAACGGACAGAUUUUGAUCUAGAUUCCAAAAUUCGUGCUGAGAUUGACAGGAAAACAGCUCAGAAAAUUCAACGAGUGGAAAAGGAAUUAGCGUGGGAAAAAGAGAAACAUCAACUUGCUCUAAUGAAGCUAAAGAAUAGAUUUCGUGAUUCAUUGGAAAAUGAUACUAUUGUAGUUCAUGCCAUACAAAGUGAUCACAAGAUAUCCUCCUACAGGCUUGUGAAGCCUUCUAAAUACUCCAAAUCCAAACGCCCAAGUCAAUCAGAAAGAAGACCAAGCAAACUCGAGAGGUUUGAAAAAGAUGGAACCGGAAAAAAGCAUAGCCAGAGAGAUACAGGUGGGAGUAUUAGUGUGCCAGAAGAAUCAAUUAUAGAAAAAGGGAAGAAAUUUCGGCCUAAAACCCUAAGUGAAAUUAUGGUGGAAAAUCAAAUUGAGAAAACAAGGAAACUUAUAUUAAAAGCUGAAAGGGCCCAAUUUAAGAUUCAGCAGCGAAAAAAGGAAUGGGAGGAACUGUACAAGAGUAAACCUGGUGAUGACUAUGAAGAUCCCAAAGAUGUUCAAGCCAUCAAAGAGGCCCAGUUGUAUAUGGGAGACUUUAAUUUGAAGACAGCCCCAGACUAUAAGAUACCUGAACACAUGAGAAUAAAUGCUGCCAAGAAGGAAGAGGAACUAGGACACUUAGACUCCAUGGUUCAUUCCAAGAAAAUGCACAUGAACAAGUGCAUCAUCUCUCUUCGAGACCUUAAAGUGGCAGUCGUCGAGGAAAUACAGUGCCUAGUGCAAGAGCUGAAGAACAUCCAGUCAGCUCUGCAUGAAUCCAAGCACAUUCCCAUUCCCCAAAUCCCUCAGAUACGCCCAGAAGAAGUUCCAGAAAAGAGAUUUCAGUACGAUGAAGAAACCCUCCUAGCUUUUAAAAAACAGCAGAUGAAAAAGCUGUCUGAUCACAUCCCCCAGGUGGAACGAGCAGCAUCUGGGGGCUCAGCUGGAAGAUUUCUCAAGCUCUCUUCUGGAAAGGACAGGGAUUUGACGACGCGUGAUUCAUUGUCUAGAUCUUCAAGAGCUUCAGCAUUCAAUUUUGAUGUUCCAAAGUUCAUGGAAUUUGAAAAAGCAGAUCCAACUGAAGUGGAGCUAGAGAUUAUGAAGCGGGAUGAGAUUAAACACUUGUACAUGCAACAGUAUUUGAUCAACAGGAUCAAAGAACUGAUUGUCACUUUUGAUGCAGAACUCCGUCUCCUGAGACAUCAGAAACUGAAACUAGAUACUCAGAUGAAAUUAUCCGACCUGCACCAUGUCACAUUAUUUCAAGAAAUGCUUCUUCUGAAGAAUUUUGAAAAACAAGAGAACAUACUUCAAGAACGUGUUAAUUCAUUAGACAAAGAGGAACAGGACAUGCAGUGGAAAAUAAAUGAAACACUUAAAGAGAUGGAAGAGAAGAAGAAUGAAGUCGCCAAACUCCAGGACCAAGAAAAAGCACUCUAUGCUGGUUUCCAAGCAGCCCUUGGAGAAAACAACAAAUUUGCUAACUUCCUCAUGAAGGUACUAAAGAAGAGGAUUAAGAGGGUGAAGAAAAAGGAGGUUGAAGGAAAUGCUGAAGAAGAUGAGGAAAGUGAUGAAUCAAGUGAAGAGGAAUCCAGCUUGGAGAGUGAUGAGGAGGAGUCUGGAUCUGAAGAUGAUGUUUUUGAUGAUUCCAUCUGCCCCACAAAUUGUGAUAUUGGUCUCUUUGAAUUGGCCCUUCAACUCCGGGAGAAAAGGCUGGACAUUGAAGAGGCCUUAGUUGAAGAAAAGAAAGUUAUUGAUAACCUCAAAAAGGAAUAUGAUGCAUUGUCCAAAAAAGUAAAAAUUGUGGCAACUAAUCUGAAUGCAGCAGAGGAGGCCCUGGAGGCUUAUCAACGGGAGAAACAGCAGCAGCUGAAUGAACUGCUGGUUGUGAUUCCACUCAAGCUCCACCAGAUAGAGCAUGUGGUAUAUGGAGAAAUACCCAGUGAUCUUUCUGGAACUUUGGUGUUUUCUAACCACUCCUUGGGGCGACUGCAAGAACGGAUCGUACAGCUGCAGGAGGAAAAUUCCAAGCAGCAAAAACUUAACAAAGAAUACCGGGAGAGGCGUAAACAGCUCAUCCGAGAAAAGAGAGAGAUGGCAAAGACUAUACAGAAAAUGGAAGAAACAGUCAGUCAACUCAUGAUCAGCAAGUUUGGCCGUGUGAUAAACCUGGAAGCCCUUCAGACACUUUCUGUGAAUACAACACUUGAAGAACUGAAGAUCAGAAAACUGCGAAAGGAGCUGUCGAACGCCAAGGAAAUGAAGAUGUGGGAGGAAAAGAUUGCUCAAGUGCGAUGGGAAUUGAUGAUGAAGACCAAAGAACACACCAAAAAGCUUCAUCAGAUGAAUGAUUUAUGUAUGGAAAAGAAGCAACUCGACUCCCAGUUGAAUAUGCUACAGAACCAGCAGGGCAAUGCCUUCCAGGGCCCUCGGAAAGCAGAUACUGUGGCAAGAGAGAAGGUCACUGAAUUGAUCCAAGUCCAGGCCCAAAGGAUUUUGGCCUUAAAGGAAGAGAUUGCUCUUUUGCGUAAGAAAGGUGGCCUUAUUCUCCCACCCAUCCAUCCUCCACAAGAGAAUGAAUGAAGUCCGUGGGUCUUUAAAUUUACUUUUUUCUUCUCAAAUCCAUCCAAGAUUUCUGACAACACAAUUCAACAGAAGUUCUGUUUCCUUAUUGCCUGCAAUAAUCCUACUCUUUUAAAGGGAACUUAUCUAAAAGUCUAAAAGCAGAUCCAGUUCAUGUAGUUUUAAUAAUCCCCCCCCCAAACUGGUUAUCUUAGAACUGACUUCAGCAACCAGCAUCUACUUAUUGUUGAAUUGAACCCUUUUAGAUGUGUUUGGAACCAAAUGGAUUGAGUAUGAGGUCUUGGGAGGCUGUAUCUCAAAUCACCAGGAAGCAUCUGUAAUAUAUCCUGUUUUAGGAAAUUUGGUUUUUGGUCAUUUGAAUUUUUAGCCUGGCAAUGUCAGGUCCCUCUGCAUUAUUUCUCUUGAUUCUUGCCCACACGCAACAAAGAUUUGGAGGUGCAGGCAGUCUGGCCCGGGGUUGUUCCCAGGAUCUGGCUGACGGUUGUCCCAGCUAGGAAGUGCAGCUGCAGUGCCCAGACGGAGCCAGCGAUCUUGCAGUGCAAGGAUGCAAGGACGGAGGCAGGUGGUCUCUUUGGGCAGGAGUGUUCCAUUCGGGAUGGGAGCUGCUCUGGGUCAAAGGGAAUUUCUUUUG